AUGGUUUACGCUUCGACUGCUUCUGCCAUAAAGGCAUCGCUUGGGACGGCAAAGAUGCUUCAAUUUCAGGUCUCAGACGAAUCGGAAAUUGCGCACAAGGAAUUGCUUAACAAGCUCAACGAGAAAUAUCGUGAUAACUAA